UAGGCAAUCCAAGAUCACAUCACUUCUCCCUGGAGGCUGAAAGUAGACUCUCAGGCCAUUUUUGUGAAACUGGCAGGGUGUCACAUAUACGCACCCAGAAGGGUGACUGGGAAGAUGAAAAAGACUCCUUAAACUCAGCAACUGCAUAACGUCUCCCCACUCCCGAAACCUGAAACUGUGUCAAGUCAAAAGACUUGGAGCAAAGAGUUACCAUGCAGUUUUUGAGUGCAGUAAGUCCACACCCAUUCUCUACCCCAAGCUGGAAGGUUGAGACCAAGUAUUCAACCCGAGUGCUCACUGGAAACUGGGUGGAAGAGAGGAGGAAGUUCACCAAAGCCACUGAGAAAACACCUCAGAGCAUUUACGGAAAAGAGUAUGUGCCCUUCCCAGGCCACAGGCCGGACCAGAUCUCCAGGUGGUAUGGCAAGAGGAGAGUUGAGGGCCUCCCGCACAGACACCUGCUCGCAGGCCACCAGGAGCCCUGCCGCCGCCAUCUGAUCAGCACGUACGACGACCAUUACAACCGGCGUGGUCACAACCCGGCGCUGCCCGCGCGGCGCACCUGGAACGGGCACCAGUUGCUGUGGCUCCCGGAGAGAUCGGACUUCCCCCUCCUCGCUCCCCCUACAAACUAUGGACUCUACGAACAGCUGAGGCGGAGGUGGCUGGCACCCAAGGCUGCCCCGCGGGAGAGCAUUUACACCUCAUCCUACCCCAGCCCGCCCGUGUGUGCUAUGUCCCGGCGGGAGCAUGCCAUCCCCGUGCCCCCCCCUCGCCUGCACCCUGUCCCGCGCCUCUGACAACUGCCACGCCAGGGGCAGUGCGGCCAGAACCCACCGGAGCCCCCGGGGCAUUGAAUCUGGCCCAGGCGUGCUCCCACCCCGCCUCCAAACCCUCGGGUUCCUUUCUUUGCCAUCCCACAAUUAAAGCUCUUGGGCGGA